AUGGAGCUGCCCGAGAGCCAGUGCAAGAAAGUCAAGCUGAGCAACAGGGUGCCGAGCUGGGGAAUGCAAAGGGCAACCAAUGUUACCUACCAAGCUCAUCACGUCAGCAGGAAUAAGAGAGGCCAAGUCGUAGGAACAAGAAGUGGUUUUCGUGGAUGCACAGUCUGGUUAACAGGUCUGUCUGGUGCUGGCAAGACUACAGUGAGCAUGGCACUGGAGGAGUACUUAGUGUGCCAUGGUAUUCCGUGCUACACGUUGGAUGGUGACAAUAUCCGCCAAGGCCUUAAUAAGAAUCUGGGUUUCACACCAGAAGAUAGAGAAGAAAAUGUGCGUCGUAUUGCUGAAGUUGCUAAAUUGUUUGCAGAUGCUGGUUUGGUGUGCAUUACUAGUUUCAUCUCUCCUUAUGCUCAGGAUCGUAAUAACGCCAGACAAAUUCAUGAAGGGGCAAGUUUGCCUUUUUUUGAAGUAUUUGUGGAUGCUCCAUUGCAUGUCUGUGAGCAGAGGGAUGUUAAAGGACUCUACAAGAAAGCCAGGGCUGGAGAAAUUAAAGGUUUUACUGGGAUUGACUCUGAGUAUGAAAAACCAGAAGCCCCAGAGCUUGUGCUGAAAACUGAUUCCUGUGAUGUGAAUGAUUGUAUACAGCAAGUUGUGGAACUUCUUCAAGAGAGGGACAUUGUACCAGUGGAUGCCUCUUACGAGGUGAAAGAGCUUUAUGUGCCAGAAAACAAGCUACAGUUGGCCAAAACUGAUGCUGAGUCUCUGUUAACCCUGGAAAUAAAUAAGGUGGAUAUGCAGUGGGUACAAGUGCUAGCAGAAGGUUGGGCAACACCCCUGAAUGGCUUUAUGAGAGAGAGAGAAUACCUCCAGUGCCUUCACUUUGACUGUCUCCUUGAUGGGGGAGUUAUUAAUCUGUCAGUGCCUAUAGUGCUAACAGCAACUCAAGAAGACAAAGAAAGGCUCGACGGGUGCACAGCAAUUGCACUGGUGUAUGAAGGUCGCCGCGUUGCCAUUCUCCGUAAUCCCGAAUUCUAUGAGCACAGGAAAGAGGAACGCUGUGCUAGGCAGUGGGGAACCACAUGCAAGGAACAUCCCUAUAUCAAGAUGGUUAUGGAGCAAGGGAACUGGCUUGUCGGUGGAGAUCUACAGGUCCUUGAUCGUAUUUAUUGGAAUGAUGGACUUGAUCAAUACCGCCUCACUCCAGCUGAACUAAGGCAGAAAUUCAAGGAAAUGAAUGCCGAUGCUGUCUUUGCCUUCCAGUUACGCAACCCUGUGCACAAUGGGCAUGCUCUUUUAAUGCAGGACACUCACAAGCAGCUUCUGGAGCGUGGCUACCGGCGCCCGGUUUUGCUCUUGCACCCCCUUGGAGGCUGGACAAAGGAGGAUGAUGUUCCUCUGAUGUGGCGCAUGAAGCAGCAUGCUGCAGUACUGGAGGAGGGAAUCCUGAAUCCAGAAACAACAGUGGUAGCUAUAUUCCCUUCCCCCAUGAUGUAUGCAGGACCAACUGAGGUUCAGUGGCACUGCAGAUCCCGGAUGGUUGCAGGAGCUAACUUCUACAUUGUAGGGCGAGAUCCAGCAGGGAUGCCACACCCUGACACUGGGAAAGAUCUGUAUGAACCAACCCAUGGUGCCAAAGUGCUCACAAUGGCUCCAGGCCUCCGAGCACUGGAAAUUGUACCCUUCAGGGUUGCAGCCUAUAAUAAAAAAAAGAAGUGCAUGGAUUAUUAUGACUCUGAUCACCAUGAAGACUUUGAUUUUAUAUCGGGGACCCGCAUGCGCAGGCUGGCUCGGGAAGGACAGAACCCUCCGGAAGGCUUCAUGGCUCCCAAGGCUUGGACUGUGCUGACAGAAUACUACAAAUCCUUGGAGAAGGCUUAGGCCUCUUAUUAACUGCAGAUCAACCUUUGACGCCUGAUUUAUUUACGAGAAAGGGACCACACAGUCACCAUUCAUGUUGCUUUGUUGUGGUGUCUGUCAGGAAGUUCUCUGAAAACAGACUCUUUCUUCCUAACUUAGCAUCAUUCUUUGCCUGCCCUUAUGGGUUCUAUUAUGUCCUGGCACCUAACUAGCUGCUGGUUUUAAUGUCUUCUCUUUUAUUACAGUUAAUAUUCUUGCAGUAGGAUUUUUAACUCCUGUAUUUUUUUUUUAUAUUUUAUUGCCUCUGUCCUGAGUUCUGCAGCUGUUAAAUAGAUGCAGCUUUUUCAUAUGUUAUUUAAGCUGCUGGGUAGUGUCUGGUUUUAGUAGUUUGUAGAAGAAAAUGUAAGAGUUAAUCCUUUAACUAUGGAUAGAUUAUCUAUAAAUCAAAAAAGUAAAGAAUGUUUCAAAACAUCUGUUAAAGUGUCUUCAUCUUUAACUCAUCAUUAUCAUCUCCAGAAGCACUUAAAAUUUAUUUCUGACUACAUGUAAUCAAAAGGCAGAAGGAUUUUUUUUAUGUAGCAUAAUUAAAAUUUUGCUUUCUUUGUUUAAUUUUGUUGUUUAUUGUACGUUGUUUCUCUUCUGCUGUGGACCUGUGAAGAUGGCCAAGUAAUGAAUAAAAGAAAAUAUCUAGUUUUGACUUGGAAUUGUUAACAAAUUCACAUAUUGUUUUUGUAUAUGCUUACUGCCAUAGGUGUCAGUAGAGUAUGUUUUAUUUCAUUUGAUGUAACUUACUGUUUUUUGAUUCCAGAUAUACUUAAUCAGCCUACUACAACUUUUUUAAAAGCAUGAUAGCCCAAACUUAAUUUCAUGUUUAAUUAUUGCAAGAAAAAUAAAGAAAAUCCUUAGAUUUUGGCA